CAAAAUCGCUUUAUCUCUCAAAUGAUUUUUGUCUCUCGUCUAACACCAUUUAUCUUGAAGCGAUGAGAGAGAAAAAAAAAUCAUUCACAGAGAAGUAUAAAAUAAACACUGGCGAACUUCUGUACAAAGAGAUGAGAAAUCCAUAUAAAAAGAAUCUACAAACGUGUACGAAAUUGAAUAGGAACGUUGAGAAAAUAUAUGUACAAUCGAGCCUCUAAACAAUGCCAUUUUGUCAGGACUUCUUUUAAUGCAUACAAAACAACGUCCAGUUUUUAUGCUCCCGUCAGUGGCCUUUGUUCAGAGGAUCGAUUGUAUGCCCGACGUUUCUAGAGUAUUUCAAACAAAAGAAAAUUGCAUCAAACGAAAUUGCUGUUGGAACAGAAUUAAUUAUUUACAAUUCCCUUACUGCUACCAUAAAUUACCUACGACGCAAUUUUAUACAAUAAAAUAUGAAUCAUUGAACAAAUAUUUUUUGGCUAAACUGAAUGACAAUAAUUCUUCUUUACAAAAAGAACUUGAAAUAAAUGUUGUACAAUGGAAUAAAAAUCAUCUUAAUAUAGAAAUUUCACCUAAAAAUAAAACAAAACAAACUGAAUAUUUAUUUUGCCAAAAAACCUCAAACGAAUCGAUAGAGCCAAUGAAAGUAAUCCAUAAGGAUAAAAAUGGAAGGCUCUUCAUAAAAGUACAAGAUAAUAAUAGAAAGUUUUUUGAUACCCAAAUAGGUCCUAUUAUAUUUAGAAAAGAUUAUGUAGAAAUUUCUUCUUUUCUACCUUCUCAUAACAUUUAUGGAUUAGGACAAUCAAAAAGAAGAAAAUUUGGAAUCGAUUUACAAAGUACAACUCGAUGGAAUCUUUAUAGCCGCCAUAGAAGUAAUGAAAGCAGGAAAAUUAAUUGGCCCGGUGUUCAUCCAUUCUAUCUUUGUAUGGAAACUAAUGGUCAAGCUCACGGAGUGCUCGUUGAAACCACUCGCCCAAUAGAAAUUCAGGUAAAUGCUGGUCCAAUCGUGACUUUCAGGAUAAUAGAUGAUAAAUUACGACUUCACUUUUUCUUCGGACCAUCUCCUGCCGAAGUGGUAUCUCAACUGUUGGAAUGUGUUGGAAAACCGUUAUUCCCUCCCUAUUGGGCAUUGGGUCAUCACAUCUGUUAUACAAACUCGACUAUUGCUCAAGCUGAAGUAAAAAAAUUGAGAAAUAAAAAAGUGGAACUAGAAUCUGUUUGUUUAAUGAGUGAUGAAAAAUAUCCUAGUGAAUUAAUUAAUGAUCUUCGUUCAAAUGAACAGAAACUAUUAAUAAUACAAAGUCCACAUAUUAAUUACGAAAAUUUUUCUUAUGAUUAUUUUAUAGUAAAUUCUAACGUAACAUCCGAUCCUUUUGUUGGAACUGUUGAUAAUAAAUCUGUAAUUUAUCCCGACUUUUUUGACCAAAACACGGUGAAGAAAACAAUUGAUGAAUGUCUGAAAAAUGACUUUGACGGUUUAAUUUUGAGUUUAAAUACUCCUCUAGAUGAAAAUAACAGUUCUUUAAAGUGCAAAUUAAAUAAUAAUUUCGCUCCUUAUGAUAUUCAGUUAAGGAAUCUUUCUAAUGAUACAGUAUGUUGGGAUUCUUUACAUAAAGAUGAAACACAACAUUACAAAGUUCACAAUAUAUAUGGACAUAAAUACUUUGAAACCAUGUGGAAAUGUGCAAAAUCUAAAAAUAAAGCACGUCCAUUCGUUAUUAGUGCCUCUACCUUUUUGGGAAGCGGGAAGUUUGGCGGAAGUUGGGGAGGUCCUAAUUUUGCCACUUGGGAAGAUUUACAGCAAGGAAUUGUAGAUAUGCUAGAAUAUAAUAUGUAUGGAAUUCCUUUGACAGGUGUUCCAUAUUGUGGAUUUCAAGGAAAUUUCACUCAAACAUUAUGUUCUCGAUGGUUGCAAGUAUCUGCCUUAUCUCCUUUAAUGAUUGGAUAUCGAGAAAAAGAUGAAAUUCCGGUAGAUUUAACGAAAUCUAGCUUAACAUCUACAGUUGGAAAGAUGGUUUUACGUUUAAGAUAUUCAUUACUUCCUUAUCUAUAUACAUUAUUUUACAGAGCUCACUAUAAUAGAACAACUGUAGUAAGACCUGUAUUUUUUGAAUUUCCAACUGAUACUAACACAUACCAUUUAAAUGGGCAAUAUAUGUUAGGAUCUGCCCUUUUAGUAUCUCCUGUGAUUGUGCCCAAUGUUGGAAAAAUUAUAGCUUAUUUUCCAAGAGGUUGCUGGUAUAGUUACUAUGAUGGUUCAGUUAUAAUUAGCUCAGGAGAACGUAAAACUCUAUCGACUAUUGAAAGUCACAUCAACUUACAUAUGCGAGGUGGCCAUAUUAUUCCUAGUCGAAGUGAAGGAUUAACAGUGAGAGAGAGUCAAAGUAAAAGUUUUGCUUUAACAGUAGCACUAAAAUGUGUAGAUGAUGGAGUUUUAGCAGAAGGAGAAUUAUUUUUCGAUGAUGGUGAAUCAAAUGAUUACUCUUUAAUGACUUAUAUGAAAGUUGAAGCAUAUCAAAAUAACAUUACUUUUAUGGCCUGGCCAGAAGAAAAAACAUUAACUUCAGAUAUUUCUUACGAUUUGAAAAUAAUAAGAUUAUUUGGAAUGAUUAAAAAAGUAGAAAGCAUUCAUUGUAAUAAUAAAUCUAUUGAUCUUCAAGAUACUGAAAGUUAUGAAAAUCAAUUUGUUAUUCAAAAUCUUCAUUUGGAUUUACGAUCGAUUGUUACCAUUACUUUAGUUUUAUCUGACUAGCAUUUAAUUAUAUGUAAAUGUAUGAAAUUAUCUGAGUGUCCUGUAUCACACUAAUUCUAUCCCAUCUUCCAGUGAAUGGCCUCGUUACCUUCUAAAGCGGCUUUAAUACAAAUGGAUAAACAAGCCAUUGUCAUUGGCUUGUUAAAGCGGCUUUAAAUACGGCUGGAUAAUCAGGCAAUUCACCCAAUAUUAAGACACAAAAUACUAUCUUUUAAUAACAAAAUGUAAAGCGUCAAAUUAUUUUUUGAUGUAUAUUUAAUUUAAUAAGUUAUAUACAUUAUUUUUAUACAAAUUGGUUUAAAAGCACUUUUAUAAACGAACUCGAUUAUAGUUGUAAAUUAAAUUCAUUUUUGUUAUAUGUAUAACAUUAUUUGUGUAUAUAAAUAAUAUUAAAACCAAAUUAUA